AAGUAUUUUGUUGACAUGAAGCUAACGUUAGCUAGCUAAAGGAAACAGAAGUGUCAAUGUAGCGGAAGUGGUACUGCCCUGAACGAUUCGAGGAGAGAGACGGAGGACGGAGGCUGCAUUGUCCAGAGAAAAAGCAGGAAUUAGAGCCGUACAAAUUACUGAAAAAUGGACAAGAACGACCUGGUACAAAAGGCCAAGCUCGCUGAGCAGGCUGAGCGCUAUGACGAUAUGGCUGGGGCCAUGAAGUCUGUGACGGAGCAGGGUGGGGAGCUCUCCAAUGAGGAGCGCAACCUGCUGUCAGUGGCCUACAAGAACGUUGUGGGGGCACGCCGCUCAUCCUGGCGGGUCAUCUCCAGCAUUGAGCAAAAGACAGAGGGCAAUGAGAAGAAGCAAGCCAUGGCCAAGGAGUACCGGGAGAAGAUUGAAACCGAGCUGCAGGACAUCUGCAACGAUGUGCUGGGACUUCUUGACAAGUACCUGAUUGCCAAUGCAACUGCAGCUGAGAGCAAGGUGUUCUACCUGAAAAUGAAAGGCGAUUAUUAUAGAUACCUGUCUGAGGUAGCAGCUGGGGAUGCAAAAAAGACCACAGUGGAUAAUUCCCAGCAGGCAUACCAGGAUGCUUUCGACAUCAGCAAGAAGGAGAUGCAGCCAACACACCCCAUCAGGCUCGGCCUGGCCCUCAACUUCUCUGUCUUUUACUAUGAAAUCCUCAACAACCCUGAGAAGGCCUGCACCUUGGCCAAGACGGCAUUUGAUGAAGCCAUCGCUGAACUCGACACCUUAAAUGAGGAUUCCUACAAAGACAGUACUUUGAUCAUGCAACUACUAAGGGACAACCUGACUCUGUGGACAUCGGAAAACCAGGGAGAUGAGGGAGAGACCGGAGAAGGGGAAAACUAAUGGAAUUGCACUGUUAAUCUACCUACACUCUUAAACACAAACGGCUUAUAAACAUCCACCUCCACUCCAUCAACCCCUCCCCCCUCUGUAUGACAAGCAGCCGGAAUUGUUCCUGACCAACUAGUUUAUCCCUCUCAGGUCACUGAGGCGACAGGGUAAUGUCCAGGUUGUCAUUUUGUUUGUGAAAAUAAUGUGGUUGUAUUGAGUAGCGAGUCCAUGUUGCUGUUAUUUAGUUGUUUUUUUUGUGUGUGUGUGCGCUAAAUUGGGUGUGUGAAUGACUGACUGUGUUGGGGGCGGGGGUUGUUAAUUCUAAUCGUCCUUAAUUCCUUUGUUCCACCUAGCUGGUUGUGCAUAUUUUGUUACGGUCAUUUUUUUGUGAUUUGUCAUGGUAUUGCAGAUUUAACGUAUGGUUAUUAAACUGGCAGUUAAUUUUCACCAA